UAUAUAUAUUUUUCACGCCCUGAGAUCGCCCCUCAGCUUGACUGAAGACUCCUUUACCAGAGCCACAGCUUGCUGUGAGAACUGGCAGCCCCUCAGUACUCUUCAUGCCCUUAUGCACAGGUGCAGUGAUCCACCUGUUUUCUCACACUAAGGCUAAGCCCAUGGUGUGAUGAUCACUGUUUCCUUAGAGUGCUUGAAUAGACUGACUGUGCGAACCUGCCCACCCCAAAAUGAACUAUUUUUAUAUUUGGUUGACCACACAAUAAUAUGUUCUCUUUUUUCUUCAUUAACCAUUCACAUUUGAACACACAUUUGAUUUAUCCAGAGUAAAUACAUUAUUCUGGAUAUGUCUGUUUCAGCCAAUAAGGCGUUCUUGUUAGUUGAUUGGUUCAGUGUUUGAGACAAUCUGACUUUUCACUGGUGAUCUCAGUGACAAUUUAGUGUUUAUUCAUGCUAGUUGUGGUGUGUGGAUCAACCUCUGGAAGUGUAGGGUAUUUGUUGAUUUAGACCAUUUUUUCAAGCGAAGUAUAAGGGAGUUAUACUCCAGUCUAGUAGGUGGCGGUAAUGCAACAUUUAUUGGAUGCCAACCGCCGUUAAACCUCAUCGAAGAAGAAGAAGAAGACGGGCAGCAGAAACGUUCUGCAGAUCGGUGGCGGCAAGAUAGUAUGCAAAAGAUGCUGACAAUAAUCUCCAACGUGCUUAGGGGUAGUGCAAGCAGAAAUGGAGCCCAGGUUGUGUCAGAGUCCUCCAUGUGCAGGGCUGUUUUGCAGCUGCUGGCGGUCCAGGGGCAGUAUGCUGACAUAACCUCUCCGCCAGACCCAGCACUACGACCCUGCAAGCCAGACACAGAUUUAUACUCUGUCUCACACAGUCCUCUAGCAGACAAUUUCAAAAGACCAAAGACUGAUCUAACAUUUACUGAAACAGACCACAGUGCUGUACUAACCCCAGAACUUACAAUUGCCAGCAGACUAAUACCUGAAGAAGAACCCCCAGAGGCCACUCUAGUCGAUCCGUCCCCUGCCUUUAACAGUAAACUUGAAGAGGAGUUAUUUGACACUGACAAACCAUUUGCAGAUCCAACAUCACUUCACCAUGUGAUAAAUACGGACCUGCCAGUCUCAGAAUUAUCCUUAUCAGAGCAACCAAAUCUAAACUCACCAGAACCCUUAGCAACUGGCCCGACUGUUACAGAACCCUUAUCAGAUACUACCCUGACGGUUUCAGAAGCAGAACCCUUGGCAGAUACUGCCUUGACUGUUUCAGAACCCUUAGAAGAACCCUUAAAUGUCCCGAUUGUUUCAGAAUUAACUUUAUCCGAACCACUUGUUAGAACAAACCCAGUUAUUCCAGAAUCAAACUCAUCUGAACAGUCAGCUGCGAUGGACUCUCAAGUAUCAGAAUCGACUUUACCAGAGCCUCCAAUAACCUCUGAUGCACCUAUCAUAGCCCACUCUUCAACAGAAGCAGAAAUAAACUUUGACCAACUAACACUAGAACUAACAUCACCAGAACGACCUCUAAACACAGGCCAACCGACCCAGGAAUUAAACCUCUCAGAACCUGACAUCAGUACUAACAGCGACACUACUAACUCAUCCAUAUCUGAGCCUCAGCUGGCAGAGAGGAGCCAGAAUACAGACAUAAUGUUGCUUUCACGCCCUGAGAUCGCCCUCAGCUUGACUGAAGACACUCCUUUACCAGAGCCACAGCUUGCUGCCGCCAGCAUGGUGGCGUCAUCACGUUCAUAUGCUGAUUUCACUCCUGAGGCCACCUUUGACAUAAAGAAAGUGGACCUACAUCGUCUGGAGGAGGGCCCACCUCUGACGGCCACUCUGACCCGGGAGGAGGGACUGAAGUACUACCGCACCAUGCAGACCAUAAGACGCAUGGAGCUGAAGGCAGAUCAGCUGUACAAGCAGAAGAUCAUCAGAGGCUUUUGUCAUCUGUAUGAUGGCCAGGAAGCCUGUGCGGUUGGCAUUGAGGGGGGUAUCACCCUGUCAGAUCACCUGAUUACUGCAUACCGCGCCCACGGCUAUACCCUCACCAGGGGCGGGACCGUCAGGGAGAUCAUGGCUGAGCUCACUGGUCGUAGAGGAGGCAUUGCUAAAGGCAAGGGAGGCUCUAUGCACAUGUACACUAAAAACUUCUAUGGAGGCAAUGGCAUUGUGGGAGCUCAGGUACCCCUGGGAGCUGGUGUAGCCCUGGCCUGCAAGUACCUGGGCAAUGACCAGCUGUGUGUCAGUCUCUAUGGUGAUGGAGCAGCCAACCAGGGUCAGAUCUUUGAGACAUAUAACAUGUCGUCUCUUUGGAAGUUACCCAUCAUCUUCAUCUGUGAGAACAACCAAUAUGGCAUGGGCACAUCAGUAGAGCGCUCUGCUGCCAGCACCGAAUACUACAAGAGAGGAGACUACAUUCCUGGCCUCAGGGUGGAUGGGAUGGAUGUUCUGUGUGUUAGAGAGGCCACCAAGUUUGCAGCUGAUCACUGCCGAUCUGGAAAGGGCCCUAUCCUCAUGGAGCUCCAGACCUACCGUUAUCAUGGACACAGCAUGAGCGAUCCUGGCGUCAGCUACCGCACACGUGAGGAGAUCCAGGAGGUCCGUAGUAAGAGCGACCCCAUCUCCAUGCUGAAGGACCGCAUGCUCAGCAACAACAUGGCCAGCAUAGAGGAGCUCAAGGAGAUUGAUAUUGCGGUGAGGAAGGAGAUUGAAGAUGCUGCACAGUUUGCUACCACAGACCCAGAGCCCCCUCUGGAUGACCUGUGUAGCCACAUCUUCGCCAACGAUCAGCCCUUUGAAGUGCGUGGCGCCACCCCAUGGACCAAGCUGACGUCGACCAGCUAAAGGCUCUCAUGCCCCACCCUUUUGUCUUCCAGGCCCUUCCCCUAUGCUCCAUCAACGCACACUUCUCUUUGCACACAUCACAUUCCUCAUCUCAGCCAAUGGCCUUCAUGGACUAAUCUUCUUGCCCCCCCACACACACAUUAUCCCAUGCCGACAAUAACUUAUACCACCCAUUUAUUUUCCCUUGAGAGCCCUAAUCCAAACACUCCACACCCAAAAACAGUGCCUGACUGUGUCAUACCUCAUUGACUAACUCUGAGUCAUUGCUACUUGCAGUGCUCAUGCCACACUAUUGGCUCUUGUCUUUUCUGUUGAAAAGUCACUUAAAACACAAGAGAAGUAAGAAGAGCCUUUCAUUAUCCCUCUCCAAAUGUUGUUCUGAGACUGGUCACUUGGACCAAUUGUCCUUAUCAACAUUACUGGUAUAACAUAGUCCCGUGUAGCUCAGUUGGUAGAGCAUGGCGCUUGCAACGCCAGGGUUGUGGGUUCGAUUCCCACGGGGGAC